GAGAAUUUGGAGAAGAAGCUGUUCGGGCAGCACCUGGUGAACAAGGUGGUUGUAAAGGCCGUGAAGGGCUUCUUGAACAACACCAACGCCAAAAAGCCUCUUGCCCUUUCCUUGCACGGGUGGACGGGAACAGGCAAAAACUUUGUCAGUAAGAUAGUCGCCGAAAGCCUUUAUAAAAGAGGUCUGCACAGUAAAUAUGUGCAUCAGUUCGUGGCAACUUUACACUUCCCUCAUGCUCACAGCAUCAAUCUCUACAAGGACCAGCUGCAGUCGUGGAUUCGGGGAAAUGUGAGUAUCUGCCCCAGAUCCCUCUUCAUCUUUGAUGAGAUGGAUAAAAUGCACGCAGGACUCAUUGACUCCAUAAAGCCAUUCCUGGACUACUACGAGUUUCUGGAUGGGGUGUCUUACCGCCAGGCCAUCUUCAUAUUCCUCAGCAAUGCAGGCGCUGAGAAGAUAACAGAGGUGGCACUGGAUUUCUGGAGAAACGGGAGGACCAGGGAGGAUAUACAGCUCACAGAUAUCCAAAAUGCACUCUCUGUGUCUGUCUUCAAUAACAAAAACAGUGGAUUUUGGCACAGCACCUUGAUUGAUAGAAAUCUCAUUGACUACUUUGUUCCCUUCCUGCCUCUGGAAUACAAACAUGUGAAAAUGUGUGUGAGGGUUGAGAUGGAGUCACGGGGCUGUGCUGUGGAUGAAGACAUUUUAAGCAGAGUAGCUGAUGAGAUGACCUAUUUCCCCAGAGAGGAGAGAAUUUAUUCAGAUAAAGGAUGUAAAACUGUGGAUUCAAAGCUGGAUUAUUACUAUGACUUCUAACACCUCGUUGCUACAACCUGCAAAGAAGCAAAUUUAAUUUAAUCACAAAGUGGAGAACCCAGGACAUUUCAUUUUAAGCACUUUUUAAAGAAAGGAAUAUUUUUUACCUGGUGUGUCAAUAAGCAGCAGUGCCUCUGUAUUUUUAUUCUGUCACUAGUCACAGCUCCCAGGUACCUCAGCCUUGUGCUGUCAAGGUAAG